AUGCCAUUUAACAACGUUUCUGCGAACUGUAUAGUCUUCAGGAACUACUGUCAUCGUUAUCAUCAUCAUCCAUGUCAUCAUCAUUCAUCAUCACAAUUACCAUCAUCAUCACUACCAUACUCAACUUCAUCAUUAUCAUUAUCAUUAACGGACGCAAUCUGUUCCAUUUAUUUUCCUAUGAAUAUCCAACACGAAACUUUAAAUGAACUAAAGCUAGGAUGUAAUAAAUUAGAUCAUCAAGCUUGUGAUGAAUUAUGCAAGCAAGAUUCAUUCUGGUAUGGACAUUGCACGACUUGGGAUGGACGUGAUUUCUCCUGUACCUGCUAUGAAUAUCAUCUACCGCUCAAUGGUAGCCUGUGCAAUCAGAUGCAGAAAGUAUGCAAAGACUAUUGCUUUCGUCAGCUCAUUGAUGAAUUAUAUAAUAAUUGGAAUGAACACUCUUUUGCAGGAAUUAAUCAACAUGAGAUACCAUUACUCAAAUGUAACCAAGCAUAUAUUUUCAAAUACAUAUGUUAUACUUAA